AUAAUUCGUGGAAAAAUUAUAAUUUAAUUUUUUAUUGGUUUGCAGGGCGAGCCAGGUAUACAAGGUUUUCCCGGAGCCGCAGGACUACCGGGUAAAGCCGGUUCACCCGGUGUAAUGGGACCAGACGGUUUGGACGGGUGCAACGGGACCGAUGGACGUGCCGGUUCACCAGGGAUACCCGGUGUCCACGGCGAACGUGGUCCACCGGGGCCGAUGGGAGAUUACGGGCCCAUCGGCGAACCCGGCGACGGGGGCAUCAAUUCCGUGGGCGUGAAGGGGGUUCGAGGAAAUCCCGGCAUGAACGGACUCGAGGUGAGCAAAA